AUCUACCGUAUAGGCAUAACGCAGACUUGUCGAUGAAGUUUCUUAAAUUGAUGAAGGCUGGCAGAAACAUUAUUUGAAUUAGAGGCAGCGUUCUCACGCAAUGUUAUGGCUUGAUGAUUCAUCUUUAACGGGCUGGUUUGAUUCUGGUCGUCUGUUAGAUGCAUAUAAGUAGGUCUGCUCGCUGAUAAGUGUCGGCUAGGGCCAGGUUGGAUAUAUUAAAGAUUUUUUGCAACAUAGCUACUUGUCUUUUUUAUGUAAUUUGAUAUCUGAGUGUCAAGGUUCACUUGUUAUAUUUUACUGUGCUUUACUUGUAUUGUAUCAUCGAUAUUUAAACCUAAUCAAACGAAGAAAUAGUGAUACAUUGCCUAUUAUUAUAUUUUAUUUUGUUUAUAGUUCUGGAUAGAUUUAGAACUGUUGUAGAAACAUAAUCUUAAGGCGCUGGUAUUACUCAUAGUAACAGAAUAUUGUUUUUACAAUCGAAAUAUUAGUAGAUUAAAAAUAUAUAUCACGAUAAAAAAAAUAUUCUCAAAAAGGAGUUUUAUAUAACAUAUAUCUAAUAGAAAUAGGAAACUUUUGAGAUUCUUACAAGGAGAUAAGUUUUUAUAACAAAGUUUUCGUGUUGGGAAAACGUUACCAUAACCGGUGCUCGGGUAACGAGUUACUGUAAACAACAUAUAGUAAUGUCUGGUGGAACUAGAUUGAUUUCCAACUCGGGGAAACUGGCUUCACGCGUGAACCUCAUCACAAUGCGAGGAGAUUUUUUCCUGUCGAGUAGAAAGCCAAUUAUUUAGUAAACGCUAAGAGCGAUCUGCGAGCACAGCCAACACCGGUUUUACCGGCAGUGCAACUUAGUACCUCGCGGUCGAAGCGCGCCGACAGACACGUUAUACACACGAGAAUGUUGUAGAAUAUCACUCGUAUUGAACACUUGACGGAAUACUGCGUUUAUUUAUAAACAAUGAAUGAAUCUGUGAGUGAGGAUACUUGGUUAUGGGUUCGCGGUGUGUUGAGGUCAUGGUUGGAGGAUCCCGGAGUGGAGGAGUUCCGGGGUCUGAACAUGAGCGAGCUGCAGAUGGACCAGGCCUACAUGAUGGGAAUCGCUGAUGGGGACGUCGGCGUCUACUCAGUAUCAGAUGACUGCUUCAGAUGCCCGUUUGAGCUGCAGAAGUCUUUGGAUCCCUCGUCAAAUAGCUCGUGGAUUGUAAGCACUGCCAAGCGUUCAACGUGGAGGGUGUACAGCGGCGCCGACGAACAAUUUAUAACUGCUAGAAAUACUACAGGACUGUUAUGCCAAAUGAGACCAAAUCUGGGGGAGUUCGGAGUAUACACGUUAAACGCAACCAGCGAAGGUUGCGACAUACGAACGGAAAAGGAACCCGUCGAUAUAUAUAUGCCUCUGCUCCUACUAUUAGGAGUUCUGAUCGGGGCGUCGAUUCUCUAUGGUGUGUUGAGGCUCAUCAUGUCGAGGGUGAGGAGAUCGGCCAAGUUGAGGUAUGGAGAUAAGGAACUUGCCCUACAGCAACGUCUACGAGCUCUGGACACGUUUCGAGGGAUAGCUAUCGUUUUCAUGAUAUUUGUGAACGAUGGUGCGGGAGGGUACUGGUGGUUGGAACACGCCACCUGGAACGGUCUCUCAGCUGGAGACCUGGUGUUCCCCGCCUUCCUCUGGAUCAUGGGAGUCUGCAUCCCAUUAUCAAUAAAGAGCGCCUUCGCUAAGGGUAUACCCAGGUGGAAAAUCGUCCUACACAUUUUUAAGCGAUCAUGCAUUAUGUUUCUACUAGGAGUGUCUCUGAACACGAUCUACGGUUCUAACUUGUUGGGUGAACUGCGUAUUUUUGGCGUCCUGCAGCGACUGGCCGUGUCUUACCUCGUGGCUGCGGGUUUCUAUGCCCUCACAGCUCCGAAAUACUACACACCUCCAAGGGGUGCUUGUGGACAAGCUCUAAAGGACGUGCUGUCGUGCGCUUGGUGCUGGGUGCUGGCUGCAGUCCUCGUGGCCGCUCACACAGCCAUCACCUUCAUCAUACACCACCCUGACUGUCCACCGGGUUAUCUUGGUCCUGGCGGUAAACACGAUGACUGGGUGUCUCCGGAGUGUUCGGGAGGAGCGGCUGGGUUCAUUGACCGCUUACUUUUAGGAGACCGACACCUCUACCAGAACAGCGACGCUAGAUCUGUUUACGGAGGUCCAGUGACUGAUCCAGAGGGUCUGUUAGGAUGCCUCACCUCCGCGGUUCAAGCCCUGGUCGGCAUCCAAGCCGGCGCCACUGUCCUUCUCCAACGUUCGCACAAAGCCCGGGUGUCUCGUUGGCUGGCCUGGGCUCUAGUGCUAGCUCUAGCCGGGGCCCUACUCGCUGGAUUCUCGAGGGAACACGGAGUGCUACCCAUCAAUAAGAACUUGUGGUCCAUGUCGUUCGUGCUGGUGACGUCAGCGGUGUCCCUCGCGAUACUCAGCAUCUGUUACACGUUCACGGACGCCUGGCGGCUGUGGGGCGGAGGACCCUUCAGAGCUCCAGGUCUUAACGCCAUCGCCCUGUACAUAGGCCACUCGAUCUGCGCGCACAUAUUCCCAUUCCAUUGGAAAAUCCCAACCAUGAGAACGCACGCCGUCUAUCUCGUGGAAGCCGUAUGGGGAACCGCGUUGUGGGUCAUCAUCGCUCACGUCAUGGCCAGAAAGAAAGUAUUCAUCACCCUCUGAUCGUGAUCCUACGUGUUCUAUAUAUUAUUUUGUAAAUAUUUAAUUAUUUUUCAAUAAUACAAAAUAAUUUUAUACCGGAACGUAUUAGAUUUUAGAUUAGUAUUAGCUUAGCUUAGCGCUGUAACACUUUUAAUUGACAAAUGAGAUUAAAGUGCAGCUUGGUUCGUGAUUUGACGACUUUAAGAGAGACUUCGAAAUAAAUUAUAAAUAUAAUUAAAUAUAUAUAUUUAAUUAUUGUAUAAAAAAUAUUUUUUUAAUAUUCGCUAUUAGAUGAGUCUAAAUUUUUUUUAUCAAAACUAAUCUAGUCUAAAUUAUGAACUGUAUUUAAUGUAAGCUGAAAAAAAUAAAUGAUAAUAUUGAAUGAAAAUGGGCUAUUAUAUAAAAAAAUGGAGUAUUUGUAACCACUCGUUCUGCAUUUCUAAAGAUAUUAAGAAAAGCUCACUAAUAAAUAAAAUAUAUAUAAGUAUUAAUUAUAAUUACAUAAAGUAUUUUUUACAACACUACUUUAAUAUAUCACAAUAAAGAUUAAAGAAUUAAUAGAGUACUCACAUCACUAGUGGCAUAGACAAGUGGCUGUCAAUAUCAGCUGAUCACGUUUGUUUACAAGAUUGCUAAAUUCUAUUGAGACACUGGCAGAAUAUACUGUGCAGGUCUUCGCACGGCUGACGGCCAUAUUAGAAAAAAAAAAUUGUCCAUUGAAAUGAGAUAUAUAUGUAUUCGUGACAUGUGACGUCGCUGGCGUUUAGGAUAAGAAUUAAAAUGAAACGAGCCAUAUACAAUAUACGACGCUUUAUUAACUCAAGGAUGACAGUGAAUCAGCGAUGUCAUUACAGAUAAAUAUCAUUUAAAAAAAAAAAACGAUUCAACAAAUCAUGACACAAGGUAACAGUAUAUAGUUUUAACAAAAAACCACAAACGCAUAACAUCCGGGGUGAAAGGUCUAUUUAUAUACAAUACAUAUUAAUAUUAAGAUCCGCCCCGGGAUCUGUCACCCUGUAUACUAACAGUACAUGUUUGGCAUUCAGUUAGUGACUAAAUAAAAAAAAAAAACUCUUCAUUAAAUACAUUGGAUGCGAUAUAAACUCGAUUGUAUAAUAUAAAUGCUGUUAUAGGAAUUUAG